AUGUCUAUCGUCAGUGAUAAUACCUUUUCUGAAAUUACCACGCAAUUUGAUAAUAAAGCAAUAGUAUUUAAAAACUAUCAUUUUGGUUUGCGACGGACCAAAAAAGAUGGAAGUCAAGUUUGGAUAUGUACACAUAAGUUAUGUAAUUCCACCAUCACCAUACAUGAAGGUGCUAUUAUAAAAACAUCGCUUAUAAAAGCUGAUGGAAAUCAUGAAUUUGAACAUCCACAAAAAAUGGCUUUAAAUGUUUAUGAGUGCAUCACAUCCAUCAAACGAAAGAUUGAAGAAGAACCUACAGCAACAGUAUCAUUGUUAUACGACCAACAAGUAAACAAAUUUAGAAAAGAAAAUGGUAGUGCAGCUGCAGUUCCAGUAUUUGAUCGUAUUAAAUCAUCAUUAUACGAAUAUCGCUCGUCCCAGCAUCCACCAAUACCAAAAUCAUUAUCAACUAUUGAUGUACCUGAACGACUUACUACGUUCGCUUUGUUAUCGAUAUAUCAAGGUGUUUGCUGA